AAAAAGGUAAACAAAAAAGUCUGAAGAAACCAAAAAAAACACAAAUUACGUCGAUUUGCUCGGGAAUUAGAGAAAAUCCUUGAAUUAAAGAAGAUAACGAACGAUCACGGGACUUUUGGAUUGCGCGAAAUUUGUCGGAUGAAAUGUCAAAUGUGAGCUCGGAGUUGUUUGAUGCAAUUAACGAAGGAGAUUCAAAUGCAUUCGAGAGUAUUUUGAAGCAGGCCGACAACAAAAGAGCUGUGCUCGCAACUCAAAAUGCUGAUGGUAAUUCAAUCCUACACUUUGCUGUGAUAAAAGCCGAUUUGCCAAUUUUCAAAGUCUUAAUGCAUCAUUACAAACUUCUGGAUGUCAAACAAAAAAACGCUCAAAACGAAACUCCCCUCGACAUCGCGCUCCGCAUCCUGGAAACCCCUUCAGAGAUCGUCAAACGUCUCACGGCGCUCGAAAUCAUGCACGACACAAAACCUCCGCCAUCCUCGACAUCCAAACGUCGCAAAAUGGGCGAAAUUAACGUGCUGCGAAAAGCCUUGCAAAGUGCUGACACCACAAAAGUUCGUCAACUGAUAAAAAAUGGCGUGAAUUUAAACGACGCCGAUAAACGAGGACAAACAAUUCUCCAUAGUUUCGCGAUGGAUCUCGUUAGUAUGGCGGUUCGGGAGAACAGCGUAUGGGAUUUAUUUGCGACAGCUUAUCACGAAUUAUGGCGAUUUUUGGUCCUCGAAACGGAUGUUGAUGUGACAAAGCGAACGCAGGCCUUGAAUAAAAACGUUAUCGACUUAAUUUUGGAUGAAACGUUCAAACAUCACUAUUUCCGACGAAAUUUUUACUUCGAUAUUGCUCGGAUUUUGGAACCUUUGGUAAUCACAAAAGAUGGUGUCGACAAAACGGACGAAGCUAAGAUGUAUAUUUCGAUUUUUCGCAUAUUUUUUGUCGCUAUUAAGGGAAGUUCGCAUAAACUCGUGAAAUUUUGCAUCGAUGGCUUUUAUGGAGUUGAUCGAAAUGCCGUGAUGGGAGUUACUGUACAGAAAUUUUGUGUUCUUUUCAGUCCAAAUGAGCAAAAGGAACGUUUUAUUCUCUGUCUCUUGUUGCACGACUAUUACGAACGCGUCGCUCACGAAUUAGGCUUCUUGCGAGAACAACUGGAUCAAGGAAAUCCAACGAUGCACGCGGAAUUACUUCAAAUUUGCAAGAUUCUCGCACGUACCAACUACCGUUUCGACGAACGGCUCGAAUGUUUCAUCGAUGUGCUGCUAAAACUCAAGCAACAAGGCUACCAUUUGGAACGAACGCACGUCGUUGAUACCCUAGCUGUGAGUUUCGUGUCGGAAAAUAUCCCGAAUGAGCGCGCACGUCGCAUUCACGUCUUAUUUUCCGCCAUUUUCGCGCAUUUUCACAUCAAUUUCAACAAUAUCUUGAUUCAGGUUCUCGAACGCAUUCCGAAUUUCAUGUGGCACAUCCUCAAGUACACGUAUCUCGAUGUCAGGCCCAUUCAGAUGGUUCUUCCCUUUUGCACGAACGUUUUUUAUUCAGUUUCGACGCUUUUCUUCACGGUACUUUAUAACGAGAGUUUUUCCAUGGAACACAUGGAUAAUUCACUUUUGACACUUUGCGAGCAUCAGAGACUCGUUUACGACGAAAAAGAGAAGAAAUACGCUUUAGUUCCGUUGUCGCUGCAGGAAAUUGUGAGAAUUAAGAUUCGGAGGGAGAUUCACAGGGAAUCGAGGACGAAUAAAGCAUUUGUCGAUACAAUCAUGUCACUGCCAUCUAUCCCGGAGAUCAUUCAGAAAUAUAUUCGUUUUAUGGAACAUUUGUGAUUUUUUGCUGCUUUCUUGUUUUAAUUUUUCGUUUUUUUUUUAUGUCGAUCAAAAUAUUUUUUUAAACUUUUUUUGACGUAUUUUUAAGUGCUUUGUGACAAAAAGUUAGCAGUUUUGUUACAUUUUUAGUGUGAUAUAAUAAAAAUUAUUGAAUUUUAACC